AUGGCUUGGAGAGAUGGACCUCAAGCUGAUGCCGUGCUGUCGGAGUCCUGGGUGGCUGUCAUUUUGACGACAGUGUUUUCGUUUCAUUGGCUCAUCACACGGUCCAGCUGCGCUCUCGGCUUCCAGAGCAAGAUCACCAAAAAGGCAUGCCCACUCACUACGCAAGGGUUGCAGGAGCACACGGAAGAGUUGUGCGAGCUGGAUCACAUAUUUGCCCGAUCGUGGUUCCUUGCUUGCCGUUACCUUGUUCAUAUUCACUUGCUUCCGCUUUGCGGCGGAAUCCUUCAGUUUCAGCGGCAGCAGGACCUGCUUGGUGCUGUAUGGCUCGUAUUGCUCUGGCUGGCGUACGGUGUUUUUCUGCUUGUCUCCAGCAACGUCUUGCAAGCAACGCCGAAGAACGCCAGGUUCACCUGCAACAUCAUCUAUGGUGCUGUCCUGGGAUGUUUACUCGCUAGUGGCGGGGAAAGCAAAGAUAGCUACGUGACCAGAAGGGACUUCCUCAUGCGGUGUCAGAUCAUUUUGGCAGUGGUGUUUCCUGACCGCGCCGUCCUGCAUCCACAUGCCAUCAUAUUCCUUGCAGGCUAUGUUGGGACAACCGUAUUGGCUUGCGGCUUUGAUGGUGUGGGUGUUUGGUUCUGGGAGCAACAAGCCUUCCAGAUCAUCUUGACUUGCGUCAUCCUCCCCACGGUGACCGUAAAUAUCCACCGGGAGCGCAUCGAAGCUUUCAUCAAAGCAGAGAAUUCUGAUUCGCUAGUGUCAGCAUUUCGUUCAAUGUUGAAAGGCGUGUGCGAUUGCAACUUGCUGUUAGACAGCAAUGCCCACAUUUGUGGAACUUCCACUGGCCUUCAGCGGCUCCUCGGGACGCAGGAAGACUUGACAGGCAGAAAGUUUUCGGAGUUCAUUGUUGAGGAUAAGCGAUACAUGAAGCUGGAGGAUUUUCUGGUAGAACCUACCGCAAGUGGCGGCAAUGAUCACGCAACGCCCCGAUGCAUGCGUGUGGCUUUGAAGGGUUCGGGGCGGCAUGUUCCUGUGGAUGUUUUCCAUGUGUCGCUUCCCAAGCGCUCCACCAGCCUGGGCAGUUCGUCAGACUGCCAUUUAUUGGCACUGAUUGAGGAUGCGGACGCCCGACUCAAAGCUGAAGUCGAGCCGAACACUCGCCGGCCCACAAGCUCGUAUUUGCAGGUGCAAGGGUUUCCUGGUCACCAUGCAUCCGACUGUCAAAGCAGCACUUGCAGCGAAGUCGAGGUUUUCGAAGAGCUGUCCCAGAUCACACUUCUACUAGAUUGCAGCACCGAGCUUUUUGACAUUUCGGAGGCACAUUUGCGGUUUUCGCGAGUAACGAACCAAUCUCAGAUGAAGCUUGGCAUGCCCACCUUGAAGAGAUUUGUCCGUCCUUUGGACUGGCCUGCAUUGAAGACGAAGCUGUUCCACUACGCGUCCGCGGUGACAAGGCCGCAAGCACUUUCUCCUGUAAUGCUUCGAUUGCCCGGUGAACCCCGGAAGUACUUGCGUGCAAGGGGCGUAUCGAUCAAGUCUGUCUUCUCUGGCUUCCGGCCUCGGGCACAACCCACCUAUCUGCACUUGACGCUGAACAAAUUCCAGAACGCGCAAAGGCAGAUGUCCAGCCGUCCCAUGGCAGCCGGUUACAAGCGUGCCUGUCCGAGGCAUGCUGUUGCAGUGGACGAGGAGAAGAGCCUCAUGCCGGAGAAUAGCGAAGUCCAGCCUGAGCUCCUGUGGAAUCGCCACAUUCGGCUUGGUUCGGACGAGGUCCAUCCAUCUCUUCUUGGACAGGAGAUGAAGGCUGGGAGACUUAUUGAUGCAGUGACCUUAGUGUUUCCCUCACCCGGUAUUUGUGGCCCGGCGAGCCUAGUAUUGAAUCAUCAGUUCGACAUUUGGUGUGUCAAAAGUCUCCAGCAGAGUCUUUCCAUUGGCUUGCUUCACCGCUACCUCGACUGGAACUGCCAUGCCUGGCUCUUCGACGUGGGCAUUGGGACUUUCGCCUUUGCUUUGAUGGAAACCUGCCCUUCCGGUGCAGAUCCAUCCUUGGUUGCCUCUGCUGCGGUGCCUGCCCAGCUUGCAGAGGCUUUGGCGAGGCUUCGGGGCGCAGGCUCUGCUUUGGAGAUGGUGCUGCAAAGUGGCGAGGCUUGCUUCGGCACAGAAGGCAAGGAGCACCAAGCCCGAUUGAGGUUCGUUUGUCCGGCGAAUUGGCUGACUGCAGCGCCCGAUGCAGCGGGCGGGCACACGGCCCUCAUUGCAGUCGAGCAGCCGCAGAGUUGUCGCUGGGUUGCUUGGGUGUCCUCGCUGCUGCUUUGCGCGGACAAGAGAUUGCGCCCUGUGCCAGCGGAGGCGCGGCGUGUUAUCCAUUGUCGGAGACAGGCUACCGCUGUGAACUCAAAGCAGGACGGGGAAGCCAAUGGGCGCAAGCAUGGGCCAACGAUGGACAGUACUGCCCAUGCCCAGGCGGCCAGAGAUGUGCGCGAGGCAGCGCUGCCUCGAAUGGACCGCUCUGGCGUAUUGUUCCACCUGGGCCAGUUUGUGAUUAACACGGCGGACGGCACGACGAGCGUUGUGGCUGGCUGGGACCGGCAGCCGAAUCCGAAGAUGCCAAGCUCCCAGAACUUGACUGGCACUUCGCCUCGCAUCAGCUCCGAAACAGUGCCGGACCCAGGUAGUUCCGUGUGCGUGUUAGUUGGCAUUCUGAUGUUUUUUCCCAAAGACGCUGAGCUCGACGAGAGUGCCUGGUCGUUGCCAGACUACAUGGUAGUUAGGCUGUCCUUCCUUGGUAUUGUUUGCGUCCUGCUGCUUAAGACGUCCUGGGUCAUUUUUACCCACAGGCAAGACCUUUGCGACUGCGUGCGGUCAUGUGGCCGUCGAGUGUCAGACUGUUUCGCUCGCGGAAAGGCUCGUUUUACAGAUCGCAGCCAAGAAGAGAGGAUGGUUGCUGAAGCGGUAUGUGAAAGACGGCUCCAAAUGGCAUGGACCCUGAACAAUGUCCUGUUGAUCGUGCAGCUCGUAGUUUGCGUCAACAUGCAGAUCAACAUCGCCAUUGACAAUCAGGACCGCUGGGCAGGUGCAUCGCUUUCCUGGCUUGCCAUUGCCGCUCUGGCGCUGUUGUGCAUUUCCUUUAUUAUUCCUCAGUGUUUGAGGGUGGGAACACUGGAUGUAUGGUAUGUGUGUGGUACUGCUCUGGUUGGUUUGGCUUUGUCGCCAUUUUUCACCACCUACAACCAGAGCAUUCGCAUGUCGCGCCUCCUUGUCGGCCUCUACCGGAUUCCGGCAACCACGGUGUCUACAAGACCCUGGCUUGUGGUGCUAUGCAACUUGGCAACCGCAGCCCUCAUGCUUGCUCGAAUCAAUCUGGAAAACCAUGCGGUUUCUGGCACCUGUGAACAGUGGGAUGGAGUAUUGAACUCCAGCUGCAUGGAGGCCUUGAACUUCUUGCUAGUUUCAAUGGUAGGCGUCGUAUUAGACCGCGCAUUGAGAAGUCAGGUGCAGCAGGACGUGCAGUGUAGAAACACCGCUGCAGAACUGAGCGCAGCAUCUUCGCUUCUCCAUUUGACAUGCGACGCUGUCUUCGAGCUUGACGAAGAACUGCGCCUGGCAGAAAACUGCCAGCAGCUGUCUGCAAUGCUACUGCGGGACCCCAUCUCGCUUAAAGGCACACGCUUCACUGAUUUCAUGCCAACCGAUGACGAGGCCACGAGGACAGCAGAGAUCUUGAAAGGAUCCUCGUCUUCUGAUCCGUCCAACACAGACUUCAGGGCAGAGGCUUUCCACACCCGCCUCGUUGACAGUUGCUCAAGCAAGUUUCGCUCCGAGGUUUUUCAUGUAAGCUACACACGGAUUGAUGGAAGACAUUGGCAUUUGCUUGGCCUCCGCGACUUCACCGACCAGGGAUCCUUGGCCGGACCAAAUGCGGUUGACAGCAGGCACGAUCGUGGCGACAUGCAAGCAUCGCAUGCCCCGGUCACUCCAACUGCACAAUGUCCAAACCCAGACGAUCGUGGACGGGCGCUCUUUUUGCAGAUAGACAUGGACGCCCUCCUGGUAAGGGGAGCCUCGAUAGCCGUCUCACGUUUUGCGGGUCAAGCUCUGGAUCGCAUUUUCGGAUCACUGGAGAUCCGGUUUUUAACUGAUGUUUGGCAACAGGUUCAGGUUCUCGCAGAGAGGAGGGAGCUCAAGAACAAGGAGCUCAACUUCUCCAACUUGGAGAUUCAAUGGACGCCACAAAGAGUUGUGUCUGUUUCCGGGACCAUCGAAGUUAUCAGGCGUAUGGACGGCCACUUAUGUGCCCAAGCCAGAUGA